UAAAUAUGGAUGCAAACAGUAGUGAUGGACGAUAGUGAAUUGGAUUUUUUUUGUACCCCAAGAGAGCAAAAACAGCUUCAGAAUUAAGGUUAAUUUUCACAAGAAAGAGAAGAAUGUGUGGCACAGACGGGCAGGUGCUUGUGAUCAAACCCUCUAAGCCUUCAUCUGUUUCUCCUGCUCCUGAUGAACCCACAGACCAUCACCCUUCAGACACCAUUAUCAAUCUUGAUCAUGGUGAUCCAACAAUGUACGAGUCUUACUGGAAAGUGGUUGGGCAGAAGUACACCAGUAUCACUAUCCCUGGAUUUCAGUCUCUCAGUUACUUUGCCAACAAAAAGAACUUGUGCUGGUUUCUGGAGCCCAAACUUGAGGAAGAAAUAAAGAGGCUGCACAAAAUGGUUGGCAAUGCAAUAGUCGAAAACCGGCACAUUGUUGUGGGAACAGGAUCAAGUCAGCUGAUUCUUGCUGCAUUAUAUGCUCUUUCUGAUCCUCUUAACGAACCGAAUCCAAUCAGCGUUGUGUCGGCCGCUCCCUACUACUCGUCAUACCCUGAGAUGACGGACUUUUUGCGGUCGGGACUGUUCAAAUGGUCGGGCGAUGCCCGGUGCUUCAACAAAGAAGGACCAUACAUCGAGAUGGUGACAUAUCCAAACAACCCCGACGGUGUUAUCAGAGAACCUGUCGUUAAUCGAGCUAAUGGGAUGCUUGUUCAUGACCUUGCCUAUUACUGGCCGCAAUACACAGCCAUUACUUCCCCUGCAGAUCAUGACAUUAUCCUGUUCACUGUUUCCAAGUGCACGGGGCACGCUGGAUCAAGAAUUGGAUGGGCACUCGUCAGAAACGAAAACAUAGCUCGAAAGAUGGUGAAAUUCAUAGAGGUCAACACAAUUGGAGUUUCCAAAGAAGCACAGCUGAGAGCUGCCAACAUCCUGGAAACCAUUUCUCUUAGCUGCCAACGACAUAAGCCCCGUGACCUGGAGAAUUUCUUCGAAUGCAGCCAACGCCUCAUGGCCGAAAGGUGGAAGAAACUGAGAGAAGCUGUCGAUAACAACGAGCUAUUUUACGUCCCCAAGUUUCCAAUUCAGUUCUGCAAUUUCACUCGGGACUUCACCGAAACAUAUCCUGCAUUUGCAUGGCUGAAAUGCAAAGAGGGAAUGGACUGUGAGAAGCUGCUUAGAGGCCACAAGAUUCUGACAAGAAGUGGGAGGAGAUUUGGAAGUGGAGCUGAGUAUGUAAGAAUAAGCAUGCUGAGUAGGGAUGAGGAGUUUGAUCUCUUUCUCCAGAGGUUAUCAGCUGUUGGUGGAGAUAAUAACUAAGAGCUUUAAACCUACACAUGUAAACUUGUUAAGGUUUAUAGACAGUUUUUGCACCCAUGAACUACUUGUCUAGGCAUUGUGGUGUCGGACAUAUAAUGUUACAGUAAUUAAGCCCUGUGCUAGUCGUGUGUUUGUUUAUCAAUAUUUAUUGCAUAGUUUAAGUUUUUGA